AUGAACAAGAUUCGGCAAAUACAGGAGCUCAACAAGAAAGAGCUAGAGCAGGGAAUCUCCCCGAAUGCCUCUUGGCACACCGACUACCGCGACACUGCUUUUGUCUACUUUGGUGGCCUCCCCUAUGACCUGAGCGAAGGAGACAUCAUCACCAUCUUCUCGCAAUAUGGCGAGCCCGUCUUCCUGAAACUUGCGCGCGACCAGGAGACAGGCAAGAGCAAGGGCUUUGGCUGGCUGAAAUACGAGGACCAGCGCAGCACCGACCUGGCCGUGGACAACUUGGGCGGAGCACAGAUUGGCGGGCGCAUGAUCUCGGUCGACCAUGCACGCUACAAGGCACGCGACGACGAGGACGCGGACGAGUUCAAGGUCGGCUGGGCAGAUAUGCAGAGACGGCUAGGUGCUGGUGCUACUGGCGGCGGAGGCGGCGACAACAGCGACACGGAUAUGGGCGAGGCAACACCGAGCGAAGGCGAACGCAAGCAAAAGAAGAAGAGCAUCCGCAGCCGAGGCGACGGGCACCAGCCUCUACUACGCGAGGAGCGCGAACUACAGAAGUUAAUCGACGAGCACGAUGACGAAGACCCCAUGAAGGACUUUUUGGUGGAGGAAAAGAAGAGGGAGGUCGACGAAGCAAGGAGGCUACGCGACUCGAAGGGUGACGGCGAACGUAGGCACCGGCACCGCUCGCACCGGUCACACCGCUCGCAUCGAGAUGAUGAUGAGGCCUCGUCAAGGAGAGAUGACAAGGACGGCGACCGCCGAGAGCACCGUCACAGGCGGCGGGAUGAUGAUGGAGACACUCGGCGGGACAGGAGCGAUAGAGACAGGGAACGAGAUCGCAAUCGCGACCGCGACCGGAGGCGGGAUGAGCUUGACGAUGACGAAAGUCAUGACCGGAGACGAGAGCAUGACCGAGGACAGGAACGCUAUCGGGAUCGGAAUCGGGAUCUGACGAGAGACGCCGGCAAGGAUUCUUCGCAUCGGAGACGGGACAGAGAUAGGAAAGACGACCGCGACGACCAGGAUCGGGAUCGGGAGCGGAGGCACUGA